UUGACUAAAACUCUGCCACUGUGUUCUGUGGACUUCUGAUUUCCUCAAUUUCAAUGCAGUUUGAUGGGUUCUGGAUUACUCGUGUUGAAGGUUGCAGGAGAAUGGGGUUGAAAGGAAUAAUAUAUCAGCCAGUUUGAAAUGAGGGAAAAGCCGGGGCUGGAUGGCUUAAUUCUUCUAUGUUUUAUGACCGAGAUGGAAACCCACGAGCACUGGUCUGGUUGCAGUGCUGGUGGUCGGUCGCAUCUCUAUUUCCUUCCUUCCACCUUCCUCUGGAAGGAGGUGUAUUCACCUUGGCUGUGUAUUCCAGGCAAUUAUUUGGGUUUAAUUAUUCAAAGUUGAUUGGGAUGACAGUAGACUAGCAAUGUCUAGUUUUUCCUGGGGAAAGUUCAGAAGGAACAGGGAAGAUUCUUCCCAAAGAUUUGGUAUUCUAAAGGGAGGAUGCAAUUGAGGGAAGUUAAAUCCAACAUAAAAGGAAAAGAGGACAUUUAAAAGAGAAAUUAGUGGGAAUGUAGAGGACUGUGAAACUUAAAUGAAUAAAGCACUAAAACACUAAUAGAAGAUGAAAUGAAGGCGAACUCUCCAAUGUCAGAGAUUCCAAAGUGUAACCGUGAGUAGAUAUCAGACCGCUGGAGGAGCAGCAGUGGCAGGCAAGGAAAUGGCAGAUGAUAUGAAAGUGUUUUGCAAGUUUUCACUGUGGAAGUUCCAGGGGAGGCAUGAAGCGUGUGAAGUGACCAUAACUGGAGAGGAAGUUCUUGGGAAACUGAAAGGUCUGAAGGUAGACAAGUCACACCCCAGGGUUGUGAAAGAGGCGGCUGAAGAGAUUGUGGAGGCAUUAGUAAUGAUCUUUCAAGAGCUCUGGAUUCUGGAGGGCUGGGAAAUCGCAACUGGCACUCCACUCCAAGGAGGGAGGGGGAGGAGAGAUUGUAGGCUGGUUAGUUUGACCUCAGCAGUAGGGAAGAUGUUGGAGCCGAUCGUCAAGAACAAUGGGGUUGCAUGAUGAAGUAGGCCAAAAUAGCAUGAUCCUUAAGGGAAAAUCUUGCCUGACAAAUCCGUUGGAAUUCUUUGAAGUAAUGAAGGAGAACUUGGAUUUUCAGUUGGCCUUUGACAAGGUGCUGUGUAUGAGGCUUCUUAAGUUUGCUCGUGGUACAGGAAUGAUCCUGGAGCAGUGGCUGACUGAUGGGUGGCUGCCGUUCCACAGGGGUCUGUGUUGGGACUGAUUCUUUGUUGUGGAUGAUGUAAUUGGUGGCUUUAUGGCCAUGUUUUCAGACAAUGAGGGUACGUGGAGGGGCAGGUAGUGUUGAAGUAGGAAGUCUACGGAAAGUCUUGGACAGACUUGCAGGUUGAGUUGGUGGUGACGAAGGCAUAUACCAUGUUGGCAUUCAUUUUGAGAGGACUGGAGUAUUGUGAGCAGUUGAUGUGCUGGCAUUAGUGAAGGCCCAGAAGAGGUUUGUGAGAAUGAUUACAUGAGCACAUUAGGCAUAUUUAACGUAAAGGUUGAUAAGUUCUUGAUUCGUCAGUGCAUCAGGGAUACAGGGUGAAGGCAAGAAAUGGGUUUAGAGGGGUAAUAGAUCAGCCAUGAUGAAAUAGAGCAGACUUGAUGGACUAAAUGGCCUAAUUCUGCUCCUGUUAUGAUCUUAAUUAACAUAUUUUGCAAUUGCUUCUGCUGAGCACCGAUGCCGUGUACCCUGGCUGAGGGUCCUGCAAAAUGGGCAGGUACCAUAGUGCAUUGGAAGUGCUGUGAAGCUAUUGGCUUCCCAGGUGACCCCCGUAGUCUCUUGGCCCUGAUCAGACAACAGGACAAGGGAAUCUAGUUAGACCACUUGGGCCAUUCCAUCACGGCUGAUUUAUUACCUCUCUCAACCCCAUUCUCCUGUUUUCUCCGUGUAACCUCUGGUACCGUGACUAAUCAACCUUUGCUUUAAAUAUACUCCGUGACUUGCUCUCCACAGCCUACAGAUCUGCCACUCUCUGGCGAAAGAACUUUCCCUAAUCUCCUUUCUAAAUGGGCUGGUGCUAGAUUCCCCCAGUCUAUUGGAUUAGUUGUCUAGAGCCUUUCGGGACCUGGCAGACCCCACACGCUCAACCACACUGAUCGAGUUGAUGGGGUAGGCGCUCAUAAUGUGACCCUAGACUUCUCUAAAAUAAGUCAUCAACACUCACUCCUACUCCCAUUCAUGUGGGGGCGGGGAAGGGAGAGAAAAUGACCUUGUAAAUGGGAUCUUGCCGUGCAUAGGUCAACCACCACCAAGUUCCCGCAUUGAUGCUGUUCUGGGAACAACUCUCCGGUCGCUGCACAAGAAAUGAUCCCUUUCGCUCCGCUCUGUUAAAUCCCUCCAGCUCUUGGCAUCCUAACGUUUUGUUCAGAAUGGGACGUCGUGACCAGGCAUUCGCAAAAGGUUCUUUAUUUUUUGCAUAAACCGUUUGUUUAUGCUUCCAUGUCCCGGUCUGCAGUCGUCCAGGUGCCGUUGGAAUAACCUGUAGCCAAAUCCAGCUCCGGCACUCUCACCUGUGGCUGGUAUUGCCGGUUUAAAAAUGAUCCGGCGCCGCCCGAAGCCAGUGCUUCAGAUUAAGCAACACAAUGCUGGAGGAACUGAGCAGUAUCUAUGGAAAGGAGUAAAGAGUCGGCGUUUCGGGUGAGUUUCUCCAGUACUCUUCCCCGUGCUUGUGACCCUGGAUAAAGAGCGGUCCGGCACCGCCACCUGCCGCCUGUGGCCGGUAAUGCCGGUUUAAAAAAAUGGGCCGGCAGCCCGCCCCCUGCUGUCGGUGGCGGAUUCUGCAGCUGGAGGAGGUGGUUCGUGUCUGCCACUUGGUGCUCUCUGUGUACUUCUGGGGAAUCGGCGGUGACUCUCCUGCCGCUUCUUCCGGGGGUACUGGGGUCUCCGUUUGCUGCUGAUUCCUGCUGUUGCACUACAGUGGCCCCUGUCCCAGGAGGCGCCCAGCAUAUCAUGGUAACUGACCAUUGUAUCACUCACCUGCCCUAACCCAGUAAUGCAGUUGUCAGUCCAAAUCCUCUCAGCCCUGCCUGCCAUAAACUCACCUCCGUUCCUGUAGAACGGAGACGAGGAACUUCUUUAGCCAGUGGGUGUUGAAUCUGCGGAAUUCAUUGCCUCAGACGGCAGUGGAAGCCAAAUCAUUGGGUAUACUUAAACUGUAUAUAUAAAAUAUUGGGAAAAUGUAAAAUGAAGAGGCAGACUUGAUGGGCCAAAUAGCCUAAUUAUGGUCGUCUAGCCAUUCCCUUAGGCUGUCUACAAAUCCCUUGAAGCUUUUCUGCAUCUCUCCCUGACUGCCAGCUGUCUUUGCACGUUCGAGGCACAGAAACAGGCCUUUUGGCCCAUCUGAUCUAUGCUGGCCUGUCUUCUGCUAAGACCUAUCAACCUACAUCUAGAGUAUAGAUCCUCUAUACCCCUCCUAUCCAUGUACCUAUCCAAACUUUUAAAUAUUGAAAUUGAACAUGGAUCCACUUCCACUGGUGGUUCGUUCCACACUGUCACUGCCUGAAAAAAGUUCCAUAAUUAUGGGAACAGAAUUAAGCUGUCUGGCCCAUCGAGUCUGCUCUGCCAUUUUAUCAUGGCUGAUCCAUUUUUUCCUUUCAGUCCCAAUCUCUUACCUUCUUCCUGUAUCCCUGAUCAAUCAAGAAUCUCUCAACAUCUGUCUUGAAGUUGCUGUACAUAAAGACUUGGCAAUGAAUUCCACAGAUUAACCACUAACUGAAGAAAGUCUCUCAUCUUCAUUAUAAAAGGAUGCCCCUCUAUUCUGAAGCUGUGCCCUCUGGUCCUAGACUCUUUCCCCCAUAGGAAACAUCCACUCUAUUAAGGCCUUUCAACAUUUGAUAGGUUUCAAUGAUCUCACCCCUCAUUCUUCUGAAUUACAGUGAAUACAGGCCCAGAGUAGUCAAACACACUAUAUGACAAGCCAUUCAAUCGUGGAAUCAUUUUCAUGAACCUCCUUUAACCCCUCUCCAUUUUCAGCACAUGCUUUCUAAGAUAGGAGCCUAACACUGCUCACAAUACUCCAAGUGAGGCCUCACCAGUGCUUUAUAAAGCCUGAGCAUUACAUCCUGUAUUCUGGUACAUAACCAUACAUUUCUUGACACUAUUUCAUCUACCACUUCUUUGCCCAAUCUCCUAAUCCAAGUCCUUUUGUAUUCUCAACUUGCUACCUGCCUCUCCACCUAUCUACAAAAACUAUCAGCAAAGUAUCAAUUUCAUCAUCAGUCAUUGACAUACAAUGUAAAAAAAAAGUGGUCCCACCAGAAAACCAGUAAAGAUUUCCUUUAUUUCUACUGUCUCCUCCUGCCAAUCGGCCACUGCUUUAUCCAUGCUCACACCUUUCCUGUAAUACCAUGGACUCUUAAAUUGUUAAGCAGCCUCGUGUGGCACCUUGUCAAAUUGCAAGGACACAACAUUAACGGAUUCUCCUUUCUCUGUCCUGUGUGUUACUUCUUCAAAUAAGUCCACUGGAUUUGACAGACAUAUUUUCCUUUGAGGAAACCAUGCUGACUAUGGCCUAUUUUAUCAUCUGCCUCCAAGCGCCCUGAGACCUCACCCUUAACAAUUGGCUCCAACAGCUUCCCAACCACUGGGGUUAGAAUAACUGGCCGAUAAAGUCCUUUGUUCUGUGCCUCUCUUCUGAAAGAGUGGAGUUACACUUCCAGUCUUCCAGAACCAUUGCAGAAUCUAGUGAUUCUUGAAAGAUUUUUACUAAUGCCUCCACAAUCUCUUCAGCCACCUCUUUCAGAACCCUGGGGUGUACACCAGCUGGUCCAGGUAACUUGUCUACCUUCAGAAUUUUCAGUUUCCCAAGAACCUUUUCCUUAGUGAUGGUAACUUCUGACCCUUGACACUGGAACUUCCACUAUUCUGCUCGUGUCUUUCACAUUGAAGAGUAAUGCAGGUUCCCCUUGGACAUUUCACCUUUCAUCCUUGACCCAUGACCUCACCCGACCUCAGUGGAAAAGGGCUGUCUGCAUUGACAUUAUCUAUACCCUUUAAUGUUGUAUACAAGGAAACUUGCAACUAGAGCAUCAGAGCACAGGCCCUUUGCUGUUCUUUAAACAUGCUAUGAUCAAUCUAACCUUUCCCUCCCACAUAACCCUCCAUUUUCUAUUAUUCUUGUGCUUAAGAGUUUAAAUGCUCCUAACACCACUGUUGCUAGAGGGCAUUUCAUGCAUCCACCACUCUGGGGUUGGGAGAGGAGUGAGCUCCUACCUCUGACAUCGACCUUACACUUUCCUAGAGUCAUAGAAAAGUACAGGACAGAAACAGGCCCUUUGGCCCAUAUCCCAUCCGAGCUAUUUAAAAUACCUACUCCCAUCGACCCGCACCAGGAGCAGCGCCCUCGUAUUCCUGCUAUCCAAACGUCUGUUAAACAUUGAAAUUGAGCUUGCCUGUAGCACUUGUGCUGGCUGCUCAUGACCCUCUGAGUGGAGAAAUUUCCCCUUGUGUUCCUCUUAAACUUUUCACCUUUCACCCAUAACUUAUGAAUUCUGAUGGAAACCACCUCAGUGGAAAAAGCCUGCUUGCUUUUACCCUAUCUAUACCCCUCAUAAUCUCUUCUCAGUCUUCUAUGUUCCAAGGAAUGAAGUCCUAACCAAUUCAGUCUUUCCAUAACUUGGUACCUCCAGACUCACAGCAUUCUUGUAAAUAAGGUUGAAAGAGUAGAGAAAAUUCGCACCUUUCUUGUAAGUAGGUGACCAAAAUGGCGCACAAUACUCCAAAUUGGGCCUAACUGAUAUCUUGUACAAUGUCAGCAUCCCAGUUCCUAGUUUCAAUUCUUUGAUUUUGCACACCAAUGUGCUGGAAGUUCUCUUUAUGACCCGAGCUUUUUACUUGUGCAUUUAUGGGGUAUGUGCUUCCCCAGCCAAGCCAGCAUUUAUUGCCCAUCCCUAGUUGCCCUUGAGAAGGGGUGAUGAGCUGCUUCUUGAACCGCUGCGGUCCCUGAGGUGUAGUAACACCCACAGUGCUGUUAGGGAGGGAAUUCCAUGAUUUUUGACCCAGUGACAAUGAAGGAACGGCGAUGUGUUUCCAAGUCAGGACGGUGAGUGUCUUGGAGGGGAUUUCCAAGUGGUGGUGUUCCCAGGUAUCUGCUGUUCUCGUCCUUCUAGAUGGUAGUGGUUGUGUGUCUGGAAGGUGCUUCUUUAAGAACUUUGGUGUGUUGUUGCAGUGCACUUUGUAGAUAGACAGCACUGUGUCGAUAGUGGAGGGAUCGGAUGCUUGUGGAAGGGGUACCGAUCAAGUGGGUUACCUUGUACUCGAUAGUGUCAAUCUUGAGCAUUGAUGGAGCUGCAGUCAUCCAGGUGAGUGGUGAGUAUUCCAAUACACUCCUGACCUCAGGCUUUGGGGACUCGGGAGGUGAAUUGGACGCUGCAGGAUUCCUAGCCUUUGAUCUGCUCUGGUAGCCUUGGCUGGACCAGUUCAGUUUCCUGUUGAUGGUAGGCAGUUCAGUGAUGGUGAUGCCACUGAAUGUCAAAGGACGGUGGUUAGAGCCUCUCUUGUUCAUUGCCUGGCACUUGCAUGGCUCGAAUCUUUCUUGUCAGCCCAAGGUCCUGCUGCACUUGGGUAUGAACUGCUUCACUAUCUGAGGAGUCACGAAUGGUACAGAACAUUGUGCAGUCGUCUGCGAACAUCCCAACUUCUGACGGAAGGAAGGUCGUUGAUGUAGCAGUGAUGUCCUGCGGAAGAGAUGAUUGAUCUCCAACCAGCACAACCAUCUUCCUUGGUGUGAGACUUUUCACCCAGUGGGGUCUGGACGUCUCUGUGGGCACGAUGACUUCGGCAGUGGACAGCUGCAUCCAGUUCACUAGACACGCCGGUGACGUGCUUUUCAACCUGAACAGACUGCGAUCCCGGGACAUCCUCACUGAUGUCACCAUUCUGGUGGACCGCCAAAAGUUCCAGGCCCACAAGACAGUGCUGAUGGCGUGCAGUGGCCUGUUCUACAUGAUCUUCACGGAUCAGGUGAAGCUGAACCUAGACAAAGUGACAUUGGACUCGGAUGUGGACCCAGAGGGAUUCGGCAUCCUGCUAGACUUCAUGUACACGUCCCGGCUGUCGCUGCGAGAAGGCACCAUCAUGGCUGUGAUGAACACAGCCCUGUACCUGCAGAUGGACCACGUGGCUGAUACCUGUCGCAGGUACCUACAGUCCAGUGAAGACAUCUGCCCAACUCUGAGCCCAUCGUGCCAGGCCUACCUGCCAGGAAACACCACACUACCUCGGGAGCUUGUAACCUUCCACAAGUCUGACGCCUCGGAGAAAGUCCUGCCAGACGCCUCUGCGCCAGACGGCAGGGGUUCAGACUCUGCUGUGUACAAUGUACUGACCCCAUCCCAUCACCCCUACCACCUGUACCGCCAACUGCCUGUCCACAGUUAUUCUGCCAGCACCUACCCUCUCCGUGAGUUCCGGGACUGCCGCCUGGCCUGGUGUGAGAUGCCGGAGAUGAGGAGGAUCUCGGCCCAGCAAGGCUGUGCGAAAUUUGGCAACCGACCUACUGCUGACAUCCCAUCGAGUACAGCGGCCUUCACCCCACGGGAGGCUGGGCUCAAAGCUGAGUGUCACUACAGCCCGCAGCCAGUGACGCAGGCUGGGCGAGUCAGUCCCCUUGGCUACCCGGCCUUGGCCCAGUCCUGGAGGAUGGCUGACCCCCGCGUACUCAAGGAGGAGGGCAGAGGCCAGCUGGAGCCCAGCAACCUGCCUGUCAACCACAAGGGUAGCCUGUUGGGACCGCACAGCCCCCUCAAGUCUGACUGUCAUCCUAACUCGCCCACAGAGUCCUGCAGUAGUAAGAAUGCCGCCCGGCCGCUCUGCACCAACUCCCCGCCGGCCAAGAGUGUUAUUGACGCCAGGGCCUGCAACUGGAAAAAGUACAAAUUCAUUGUCCUCAACUCCCUCAACCAGGACUCGAAGGGGGGGGCCGGCAGCAGCCUGGAGGCCCAGAAUGGGGCUGCCCCACCCUUCUCUGAGUGCACUGCUCCAUUCCAGGGAUCUCACGAGACCGAGGGCCUAGCGAGCCUGACGCCCGAGAGAAUGGACGUGGACACCGAUGCACAGGCCUCACGACUCAACAGCAUUGUGGGCAGGUCACCGGACGCCUCCUCGCCCGACUGCAAGCGCCUGUCCUCUGGGAAGUGCACCUCGUGCCAGUCGCCAUCCUCCCAACAGGCAGAGGUUCGUCGGACCCCCGGAUGCCCUCCCAGUGAGGAGCUGACAGAGACACAGUCUGAGCUCUCGGACUCCAGCUCAGAUGCCGGCUCGUUCCCAUGUUGUGAGUGUGACUCCAGGUUCCCAGAGGAUGCGGCCCUGAAGCGCCACCUCCUGCAGUCCCACAGUGACAAACCAUACCGGUGUGACCGCUGUCAGGCGGCCUUCCGCUUCAAGGGCAACCUGGCCAGCCACAGGACCGUCCACACAGGUGAGAAGCCGUAUCGUUGCAACAUCUGUGGAGCCCAGUUCAACCGGCCAGCCAAUCUGAAGACUCACACCCGCAUCCACUCCGGGGAGAAGCCGUACAAGUGUGAGACGUGUGGGGCACGUUUUGUGCAGGUAGCUCACCUCCGUGCCCAUGUGUUGAUCCAUACUGGUGAGAAACCAUAUCCGUGUGAGAUCUGUGGUACGCGAUUCCGGCAUCUGCAGACACUCAAGAGUCAUCUUCGGAUCCACACGGGAGAGAAGCCCUACCAUUGUGAGAAAUGUAAUCUGCAUUUCCGCCACAAAAGCCAACUGCGUCUGCACCUUCGACAGAAGCAUGGAGCCAUCACCAACACCAAGGUGCAAUAUCAAGUCCCUCCGGAGUGCCAGAAUGACCCCUGUCGGGCACGUUAAUCACCGGCUCUGCACUGACUGAGGUGGUGGAAUUCUUCAAGGAUUUGUAGUUGCGAGUUUCUAUGUGGUCAAUCUCACAGCGGAUAUUGGCCAGUUGAAGUAUAACGGGUUUGAAGCUUUGUGAAAAGUGCUUGCAAUUAUUUCUUGUUAAUAGAAAUUUGGAUGUUUUGCUUUAUAUAAAAAAAAAAAUAUGCAUCUCUGCCCAAAAUCUAAAGGAAUGUAUGAAUAGAUAAAUAUAUAUUUUUCCUUGUAUAAAGCGCAACAGAGUUGUGCAAUAUAAGAAUUGGGAAGGUUUAGUUGUAUUUUUAACCAAAGUUGUAGCUAUGGCAGUUAGUGAAUGGUGCAUCGAGCAGACUGUCUGCUGGGCAGAGCACUGUCUGAACAUCUCUAGAGCUUAGAGCACUUAAAAUAUUUUGUCUAUUGUGAAAUGAUAUGCAGUGGAUUCUGGUUAAUUAGGACACAUUAAUACCUUACAUUUUGGCCCAAUUAAGGACUGCCCCGAUUAGCUGGUUUCAUGGAAAUGGUUAAAAAGUUGUAUUAAAAAAAAACUACUGUUUAACUGAGUAACAAAUUUGUAUUUAAAUGAAAUGCAGAACAAAUUAGAACACUACCAAUACUACAGUACUAUAAAACUGUAAUGGUUAUCGAUGGAGGAAUUCAUUCAUGUACGCUGCUGUUCUUUGACUAAAUGAACAAAAUUAGUGCAGUCACCCAGUGCCCAUAACGCUGACUUCACACAGUGAUUGCAUCCUCCAGAUCUUCAUUUUCAUGAUAACAUUCAAGAUGAUUGUUACCUUAAUUCUGUUGUUUCUAACUUGUUGAAGUAGUGAACGUUUCAUUUUCACUCCCAGCUGUUUCUGGCAUCUCCAACCCUGAAUGCUUGAAACUGCAGAGAGCAAAACGGUUCCAAAUUGUCUUAGUGCUUAUUUCUUGCCAACUAUCAGUGACAGAAAUCACUGCUUUUUGAACACAAA